AUGGACAACGAUGUGGUGGCUCAAUUCACCGAGAUCACCGGCUCGACGCCAGAGCUCGCAACACAGUACCUCCAGCUCACCGAUUUCAACAUCGAACAGGCCAUGCAGCUGUACUUUGAGAACGGAGGCGCACCGUUGACUGAGGAUCCGCCUCAGCCACCCCGCCACACUGGGUACGAGGACGAGUCUGGGGUAGUACAUCUCGACUCGGACGACGAGGCUCCCCCCACUGCUCUGCCUAGAUCAUCUACAACAUCAGGCCUUGGGUCGACCUUUGAGGACGAUGCUGCCAUGGCUCGCCGCCUCCAGCAGGAAAUGUAUGGGGGUCCUGAUAACGACAACGAUGAGGUGCGGGCGCCGAUGGCGCGCACGACUGAAACGUUGGUGGGGCCUGAGCCGGAUUUCGACGAUGACAUGCAUGCCAAUAUUCUCGGUCAAUUGCGUGCUCGUCAGCGAGGAGGUCGGCCAGGAAUCUUCAACCAGAGAGACACUGCAUCAAUAUGGCAGGGCGAGGCAGAGGAGUCACGGCGGGAACAACUCGCUACGGCGACGGGCGGCGCAUCGGAGACCUCAUCGAAAUCUAAUAUGCUCGCCGAGAUGUAUCGGCCUCCGUUUGAGAUUAUGUCCCGGUUGCCGUGGGAUGUGGCUCGCCAGGAAGGGCGUGAUACAGAGAAGUGGCUGUUGGUCAACAUUCAAGAUUCGUCCGUCUUUGAUUGCCAAGUUCUGAAUCGUGAUCUUUGGAAGGACAAGAGUGUUCAGGAAACGGUCACAGAGCAUUUCAUUUUCCUACAGUAUGCGAAAGACGACCCUCGUGCCUCGGCCUACUUGCAGUACUACUUCCAGGCGAGCGAUAUCUCCGACAACUACCCGCACAUUGCUAUUAUAGAUCCUCGAACCGGCGAGCAAAUGAAGGUUUGGUCGGGCCCGCCCGUAAUGAAAGCAGCCGAUUUCCUCAUGCAGCUCCACGAAUUCCUUGAUCGCUACAGCCUGAACCACAAUGUGCGCAACCCUGUUGCCAAGCGGAAAUCGGAGAAGAAAGAAAAGACCGUCGACGCGAUGACCGAGGAGGAGAUGCUGGAAAUGGCCAUGAGGAACAGCCUCGGCGAAGGAGGCGCAUCUGGGCCAAAGUUGGCAGACCCUGACGAGUUGACCCGCAGUACGGAUGAUGUGAAGGGCAAGGGCCGAGCCAUCGAAGAAGAUGUCAACAUGGGUGGAACGGCUGACGAGACCGAGGAAUCCCCGUUCAACUCGAUUCCUAGCAACCAGCCACACACAGAGCCUGCUGCGGAUCCCGCGACAACCACCCGUAUUCAGUUCCGUCACCCGUCUGGUCGGGUCAUCCGGCGAUUUGCGCUGUCCGACCCUGUCCAACGAAUCUACGAAUGGCUCAAAGCAGAUCCUCCCCUUGAGGACAAAGCUGGUGUGGAAUUUGAGCUGAAUGCUAUGGGUCGCAAUUUGAUUGACCAGUUGAACACUAGCAUCGAGGACGCUGGGCUGAAGAAUGGCACGGUGAUGAUUGGAUACCUGGAAGACUGA